AUUAUUAUUCUCAGUAAAGUUUUACUACAUAGAGUAAGCAUUAGGAUAAUUCCAUUUGUAACACCUUAAACAUUUAUCUUUAAAUCAUCUAAACAUGAAAUUGAUACUAGUCCUUGUUGCAUUCUGCGCCAUAGCCUCUGCAGCUCCAGCAGACGAUUCUAAGAAUGCAGAAACUAUUUCAUACGAAAACGAAAAUAUUGGAAUCGAUGGAUACAAAUUCUCUUUUGAAACAAGUGACGGCACGAAGAGGAGUGAAGAAGCAACGGUAAAGAAUGCUGGUACUGACAACGAAGCAAUUUCAGUUCGAGGAACAAUUUCUUGGAUUGCACCUGAUGGCGUUACUUACACAAUCAAUUUCCUUGCUGACGAGAAUGGAUUCCAGCCAGAAGGAGCUCAUUUACCUAAGCGCCGAUAAAAUAAUCGUUUGUUGAUGCAUUGAUGGAUAAAGUCAAACAACGUUGACGAGACAGAAUAAAGUGAAGAAAAUGAAGAGUUUUGUAAAUAGUUAAAAAAAAUAUAAAUAAUAAUAAUGAAACGGUGGGUUCAAGUCAGUUUUGAAAUAAAAAUGUGUGUUUUUAUGCAAAAUAUAAAAAUUUAA